ACUUUUAGGGAGGGAGGAUGAGAUGGGUGCCAGUACGCAAACGAUGGAUUGGGUCAAGGAGGGCUUUGACGGCAUGCGAAAGAAAAGCGGCAGGCCCCCCCCGGUAAGAAAUUGUGCGUAUCAUGACAAGAUAUGUGCUUGCACUCGGUUGCUGCGUGUGGUUGUCUAUGCCGUGCAGGGCAUGAAGUGGGUGCCGAUUCGGGCUUGGAAAGCAGCGGAAAGAACCCACCGAGCGAAGGAGGCCAGACAGAGACAGCAGGCAAAAAAACGCGAUGAAGCGCGGUAAUGUAAGUCAGUUCAAUUGUGCCUCUUAUGUCUCGCAGAUGCAUCGGUGCCUACAUUUUAUAUCCAGACGAGAUUUUAUCUCAUGUGACGAAGCUGCGGUCUGUCGAUACCCACAGGUAUCCGCAGGUCUGCAUCUUUGGAUUCAUGUGGUUACAGAAUGAAUAUGUGUUUUUUGACAGAUGCCGGUAAUUGCGCCGCAUCUGGAAAACAAUUGGAGCCACGCCUUUGAUGACCUGAUUCGCAAGACGGCCGACGAUUAUCACGUGAGGUGGGAGGACUAUCAAGAGCGCGGCGGUUACGACAACAGAAUUGAAGUGAGCUUCGCAGGUGAGUGUACACGUAAAGGAACGACACAAUGUCGUAGAUGACUGUGGUCCUGUCUGGACCCGCAAGCACCGAAACAAAUGUGUCAUCCACCACGGCCUCUGCCGCCAGGCAGCAGUGCACCGGGGAACUCUUCACGGCUCUCAGGAACCUCAUUGAUGAGGAAGAAGCGGCUGCUGGCGUGCCCGAGGAGGACAGGUUUGCCUCCUGGUUCGGCGUCGGCUACGUCCACGAGAUGCGGUGCAUUGGGUGUGGACACGGGUGGUUUGGCGCCAGUCAGCAUGAGGGCAGCGUGCUGGUGUGUGUGGAUGAGACGAUGGAGAUGCACAAGGGCGAGUGGGACCUCAUGAGGGCUGUCGACAGGGCGGUGAGACGGCCCGAGCCCAAGGAGGCCGUGUGUGGCGCACGAGAGACAUGCGAUUUGUGUGGCGCCCAGCUGCUUUGUCAAAGGUCAGCUCGACAGGAAGAGACCAAAGACCCAUUGCCAUAUGUUCGUCUCCUUUUUGUUUUUGUUAUCAGGCGGUCGUUCUUCGACUCACGCGAAGUGGGCACCAAUGGCUGAUUUCAUCGUCUCGCUGCCUGUCGCCCCCGCCGCCACCUCCCACCCCUAGCUGACCAUAUCAACAAAUCUGCCAUAUCAACACGGUGAGCGACCGAUCACAACACAACACAACACAACGCAACGCAAGGCAACAACAUUCGCGCGAUAAGCAGAGGAUGUCUUUAUUUGUGUUCCCCCGCAUCGCGCAUGUGGGGCGCUGUGUGUAUGUCUGCAGAGGGAGGAGAAUGUCGGCAUUUGCUGUCUACAUUUUAUAUUCGUGGCAUCUUCUUCAAUUCCUCCGCACCCUAUCAGUGAAUCGAUUCGGCUGGUGACAGGAGUGGUGCCUGUCCGUCUGCAAGAGCUACCCCAACUAUGACGUCUUCUUCGUCGGC